AUGGUGUCAGUUUGGGGAAUGAACAUCAUCUCUGCUCUUAUGGGAAGUCUGUUGAUGAAUGGGCUAUCCGAUAAGAUGUAUAUUUCUCGCGAAGAGGAGUUGAAGCCAUAUCUUGAGCAUUGCAAGACGGAGUACGAGUUUAUUCCAAAAAUAGAUAACUACAAUCUUGAAAAGCUACUAGUGGUGUUUAGGCAUGGUGCAAGGGCACCUUUGGACAAUGUCUCUGAGCCAUGGAAGGAUCACAGUUGCGUAGUGUGCGAGACUGCUCAAGGCACAAUAUCAAAGUGCAAUACAAAGAAAUGCUCCGAUGGUGAAUUGACACAGAGGGGAUUUCGUCAGAUGACUGAUCUUGGCAGAUUCAUAAGGAAAACAUACAAGCACCUCCUAGUGGAUAAGGAAAUCAAGCCUGAACACAUAAAGGCAAGAGCAACAAGAAUUCCCAGAACGCAGUCUUCUCUUGCCGGCGUCAUUGAAGGCCUUACAGGAAGCAAAAAAGUGAAUAAAGUGUAUAUACCGGGUGCAAACGACUCAUUGAUGAACACGUUUGGAUGUGUGACAUCUGAUGAGAAAAUGGAAGCCAGAAAGCUGUUUCAAAAGGCAAACAUACUUCUAGACAACGAAAAGUAUGUAUACCAUUCAUUGCCACAGUACAGAGCCGACCACUACUACACGAGCUUCUGUAGUGGCGUGGUGUUGGAUUGUAAAGAAUUGAACUGCAAUAUCAGCAGUGUGGUGGAUCACAUGAAUGCAGCAAACAAGGUAUGGGAGAGAAUGGCGGUUUCUGUAUCGAAAGAUAAAGCAAGCAGGCAGUAUGCAUUCAAAGGCUUUGCAAGAGACUUAUUGUCCGAUAUUGGCGAGAAAAAGUAUAUUGUGCUCUACUCAGCCCACGACUCUUCUUUAGGGUCGAUUAUUUCUGGACUAGACACCGGCAUAUCAAAAUGGCCAUCGUAUGCAUCUGCAUUGUUCAUUGAACUGUGGUGCAACAUGGGCAGGCAGUACGUAAGAAUGGUGCUCAACAACAAAGUGAUCAAGCCAAGAAUAUUUGCCGAUGAUUACAUUCCCAUAGAAGAAUUCAUGAACUUUCUUGGAGACAUUUCAUCCAUAGACAGUCAAGGCGCUCUAAAACCGAAUACGAAUAAGAAAUAUACAUAA